CAGUAUAUGAAACAGCUCGUUUCUGAUGGGCAGCGCUGGAAGGCAUGGACUCAAUCCGCUGGGGAUGGCGGUGAUGUAUCCGCCUGCCUGUGAGCCCUCGACUGUGUGUAUGAGCUGACUGCGAACACUUUGUUGUGUUGUGAUGUGUAUCAGCUCUCACGCACAGUUUCGAUAUUUCCUCCUGGUUUCCCUCUUAAAGAAAGUGACGUCGCCCGGUGGAAAAGUGGUUAAAGGCUGCAGUGUGCAGUGAAAACCUGCAUCCCUGACCCUCCCCAAAUACCAUCCAUGUUCAUGUGGUUCAACCUAUGGUUUAAUCUCACGCUGCCUCUCUUCCUUGCUGCAGUCUUUGACUUUCUUUCAGCGGCUGAAGUUGCUGUGAGAUGAUGUACUCGAACAAGGCGGAGCACAGUAACAGGCGGCAGUACAGGGACAGAAGGCAGUGGGACGACUAUGAUGACAGAUGGGAAGAGAGGCGUGAACCUCACAGAGAUUCCUAUCACAAACAUGGUGGGGAUAAACACAGCAGCACCGAGAAGACAAACAAAACUAGAGGGUACAGUGACUCACCUAAGAGGCGGUACGGUAAAGACGCAGUGAGCAGAGACGGGAGCAGAAAGAGCCCAGUGAGAGGACGCAUGUCUUCACCUGAUAGGGGUGCUGCUGACAAGACACGGCGAAGGUAUGCGAAGGAUCAAGAAGACGAUUACAGAUUCAGGCGUGAACCAGAGGAUAGAAAGCACAGACAGUCACCAGACAGCUUCUCACAUAAACGUGUACCCAAGGAUUUCAAACAUGCACUUCCAUAUGAAGAGGAUCUCAAAUACAGGAAAAGCUCUCAGGACUCCAGGCACAGACACGAGGAGUAUCCCUAUAGACAACAACACAGUGAUUACAAAUCAUCUAUGUAUUACAAAGACAAAGAUCAUCACGAAGGGAGAUGGGACCAUUCCGAAGAGAGGACCCGAUCACAAGAACGCUCUACAAAGAGUUGUGGCAAACCCAGAGAGAAGAAUGACUGCCGUUCCAAGGGACACGAGUAUCAUCAUCAAAAUAGAAAAAGGUCUCCAUUAAAUGAACCUUGUGGGCAGUUAUCAGAGAGUGACAUCACCAACCAGAGUCCUUCUGUUCCUGAGCAGAAUUCUACAAGGGGUUUCCAGCGUUUCCUUGAUUUGCUCAACAAGGGUGUGAACGUUGCCAUGCUCACCAAGGUUGUGACUCAGACCCCUCCAGAAGUCAAAGAUGAACCACGUUCUCCAGCUUCAUUCAACACUACAGAACAUCAGUGGUCACCCAGUUCUGCUAGGAGGCAACAAGGAAGCCACCAAAAUAACCACUGCUGGACUGAGAGCGAAGGAUCCCAGAGAGUGGUGUCUCCUCAGCGUCAUCACAGGUCCUUCAGCCCGAAGAGAUGCUCUCCACCUGAUGAAAAAUCCCUGCUCAGGAGAGACGCAGGACAAAGCUACUACAGCUUGAACAGUAGAUCCAGGUCUCCUUCAGUGGUGGGAAAUAACACCCUGACCCCUGAGGAUGAGCACAAGCACAGGCAGAUGCAAGAUGUUCUGCAGGCCAUCGGCAUGGAUUUGGGAUCUGAGGAAUUGGGUCAAAUGUCACAUCGAAUCCAGGAGCGGUUAUACGGAAAGAAGGACAGAGACAGGGGACGCCAUCGUGGAGGAAGUACGGAAAGGGACACAAGGAGGGCGAUUUCUCCGAGACAUCGCAGUAGAUCGUCAUCAUCAAACAGAUCUAAUUUCAGCUCUCUGACUCGAGACAGUUACAUGAAAAAAGACUCAUGUAGUGGUAGUGCUCGGAGGGAUGUAAUAGAGGUACAUCAAAUACAGGUACAUCAAGCUGUUGAGUAUGACCAGAAUGAUAGCAGUAGUUCUUUACAAGACAGUGAGCAAUGUGAGACUAUCUCCCAGGAAAGCCCUGCUGCUUUACAAACAUUUUCUCCGAGCACCGCAUACAAUUUAUUAAAACCACCUCUUACACCUGCGAUGCCGCCAUACUCUCCAGUGAACUAUUCACAGCUGCCCUACCCAGCUCUACAUCCAUCUCUGCCUCCCAACCUGGCCCCGAAUUUUCCCCAUGUUAGCCCCAGGCUUUUUUUACCUCCCUACCUCCCUUAUCCCAUCAUCCGGCCUCUGAACAUCUUUCCAUCAGUGCUCAACCAAACCAGUCGUCUACUCCCACAACACAUUAGUAAUCCUCCAUCAGCCCUUUUUAACCAGGCAAGUAUAAACCCACUUCAGCCACUGAACACAGCACAAAAAUCAAAAACACAGGCAAGGCCCAGAUGUUUGCAGGUCAUUGAGACCAAACAACCCGGAUGAAGAAAGAUGUACAGUGUGAAUGUAUGUAAACACUGACUAAGUCACACAAUUAUCCUAAGCCUCUGGAAAACAGUAGAUGAUAUUCACAGAGUCAACAGUUUGGGCCUUCAGCUUGUCCUGUUUUAACCCCAAAUCACACACUUGAACAUGAAUUGGAGAGUAAAGAGUAAAGCCGGGAAUGAUGAAGACGAGAGAAGCUGAUGAAAUCAACAGUAGUUGCUGAGAAGUUAAUUGACAAAACCCUCAGGAGCUAACUCCAUUACUCAGUCUGUCCUUUAACCACAGCACAACAUCAAGCUAAAGUAAAAACACUGAAGGUAUUCAAAAUCAGUUUUUUAAAUGUUAUUUACGACAGUGUCAGCUGCUUCAUUCUAUUGUUUGAAAUGUGUUUAAUAAUGAAAUACACUAUAAUUUUGGUUGAAAUUAUGUUUGUUUGCAAAUGUGUUAUUGUAGGAUACACCCUUCGCCCUUAUAACAUGCACCAUAAACAGAAUGUGUGUUCGCAGCUCAGAAAACUGUAAAUAUCCGACUUGCAUAAUAAACACAGUGAUUCAAAAUAAA